AUGGUGGCCAGAGUUUGCAAGACCAAGCCACCUCCCCAGAAUCAACACAACAGUGUCCCGGCUGACGAAGAUUAUUUCGCAGCAGUGACCCAACGCGCAUGGCGAAAACUGCACGCCGUAGACGUUCUUGGGAAACGCCUUUUGCGAGAAGGGAAGGCCGUGAAACAGUUCAAAGCUGCGGAUUAUGAUGCCGAUGAGCUGACGCAAGAGGCCUGGCCCGCAAGUCUCAAAUGGCAUGCCCUUCAGCAUGCCCCUGCAUUCAUCCAAAGCGAGCCCGCGGCAGACAUGAAGUAUGAGACUCAGCGUUUGAUCCUGGCUCGCUUGGUUGGCGAUCUUGGGGAUGCAGUACACACGGUUGAGGAGAUGGAGAUGGUGUUCACAGCUUGCAAAGUAGUGGGUGGCCUUAUGGGCAAGACCCAUGUUUUGUCAACUGGGGAGUGCAUCCUUGAGGUGGAAGGGUUCGGGGCUUACGAAGCAUCUGGAUCCAGUACCAGCCUUAUGACGACACUGGACAUGGAGGCAUCUCGAAAGGGGUACAAGGCCAUCAUUCUUCUGUCGACCCCGGCUGCUGUGAGGUUCUAUUCGCGUUUCGGUUACACGUGCAUGGAGACCUGUUCGUUGGAGCCUGCGGAUGCCGUUUACCAGGCCUUGCAUUACCUGAGUGCAAAUGCAAUUUAUCGCCAUGCGCCAAUGGUGAAGUUCUUGCGCUGA